GGCUCAAUGAACCGGCUCGUUCGUGACCAACACAUCACUAUGAACAUCGCUCUAUAGGAGGGUUCUCGGCAGAUCGCCAUCUUUGAAGAUCAGUUGGAGGCUUUUAUUAGUUUCUUUGUUCAUAUUCUUUUACCCAACUACACUAAACCUACUUUUUCGAAUCUCAUAGUUGUAAAAGACAGAUGCGACACUCGAAACGAAUGCGCUCUCCAGGUGUCUGGCUUGACGAGUACAGCUGGGAAGAGAGGAUGGAGUGUCGUAAGCGAAGAAAACAAGAUUCGCACAGCAGCGAAAGAGAAAAUAAGUCCAGAAGAACUCACAUUCAACACAAGUUUUAUGAUGGGCACUACUUGGAGACCCGCAGUUUGAACCAGAGGCUGGAAUCCAGGGAAGGAACCACCAACGACCACAGUUUGGGCAUGGCCUGUGAGGAGGACAGCCGCGAAGGCACCGGCAAGGACAGAGAUCGUGACUGGCACCACUACAGCAAGUCAUCGGGGCGCAGUGGUCGGAGUGGUCGCAGCAGGCGAAGCAGCGGCAGGCAACGAGACCGAAGGCGUAGGUGCAGCCACUCUCGCCACCGGUCCUCCACGAGGAGGAGCCAACAGCGCAGGAGCAGGAAAAGAUCCAGGAGUGUUGAGGAUGAUGGCGAGGGUCACCUCAUCUAUCACAGUGGAGACAUGCUGAGAGCGAGAUAUGAGGUUGUGUCUACUCUAGGAGAGGGUGCCUUUGGGAAGGUCGUCGAAUGCAUUGAUCACUCUAAUGAUGGAGCUCGAGUGGCUCUGAAGAUCAUUAAAAACAUAGAUCGCUACCGUGAGGCAGCGAUGUCUGAGGUACAGGUGCUUGAGCAGUUGAAGUCCCUUGACACCGACAAGAGAUGUGCUUGUGUGCACAUACUGGACUGGUUUGACUACCACGGCCACGUUUGUAUUGCCUUUGAACUGCUCGGCCUCAGCACCUAUGAUUUCCUAAAGGAAAACAAUUUCCAGCCUUUCCCCAUAGAACACAUCAGGCACAUGGCGUACCAGAUCAUCCGGGGUGUGCGAUUUCUGCAUAACAACAAGCUGACGCACACAGAUCUGAAGCCUGAGAAUAUUCUCUUCAUUGAUUCGGACUAUGAUAUGGAGUACAACUCUGAACUGAAACGGGAUGAACGGACUUUGAAGAACCCAGAUGUGAAAAUCGUGGACUUCGGUAACGCCACAUAUGAACACGAGCACCACACCUCUGUGGUGUCGACACGUCACUACCGCGCUCCUGAAGUCAUUUUAGAUCUGGGCUGGGGCCAUUCCUGUGAUGUCUGGAGUGUAGGCUGCAUACUCAUUGAGUACUACCUUGGAUCUACUCUCUUCCAGACUCAUGACAGUAAAGAGCACCUUGCUAUGAUGGAGAGAGUCCUGGGUCCCAUCCCCUCCAACCUCCUGCAGAAAACCAAGAAACGGCGGUAUGUUCACCGGGGCAGGCUGGACUGGGACGGACUAAACUCCUCUGGGAGAUAUGUCAAGAAACACUGCAAACCCCUCAAGCAUUAUAUGCUGUCUAAAGGCGAAGACCACCAGCAGCUGUUUGACCUGAUAGAGAAGAUGAUGGAGUAUGACCCAGCUAAGCGCCUCAGUCUGGAGCAGGCCCUCAGACAUUCCUUCUUCUCCUGCUACCACAAGAGCAGCAGCAAAAGCACCAGAACCACCAGCAGGAGAAGCACCAGCAGAAGAAGAAGCAGCAAAAAAGACUGAACUCCUGAACGUAUAAACCUCUGACCUGUAACCCUGGUCAGGGCCUGGCUGUCACUAUGACAUCGAUCAUGGUAUUCAGUGCCAGCCUCUACUUCCUGACUCUCCAGGAGAGGUGUACCAUAACUGACUGUAUCAGUCCACUGCCCUGCUUUGCUGUGUCAUGUCUUAAGCCAGUGUGUUAUGUUUUCAUCUGUGGCAUGUUUUGAUGUAAUGAAUCCCCCUUAAUUGAUUUCUAUUUAUUUGCCAGUGUAAUUUGAUUCGUAGCUCUUAAGCUUAUACUGGUGGAGCUGUUUCUUUUAUUCAUGAAUAGUCCAAUUGUGUCCAUGUUCUUUCUGUGCAUUGUCAAGUGAUUGGUAAUGAAACGGAUUGAGAGUCUCACCAGUAAUAAUUUAUUCAGCACUGUAGCUGUAAUGAAAAAAAGGGUAUUGCGGGUGGAAAAUCUUUGUACAUAGAAUUUGUUAAGAUAUUUCUUUUUUCACUGACGGGUUGUGUAACUUUUUUGCAGUAUCAUGUAACCUACAUUUUCUCAAUAAAGGUGUAAAGACGA